GGCAGGAAGGUGGCGAAGGGCGGGGAGUCCGCGUGGGUGGAGGGAGGGGUCGGGCGGGAGGAGAAGGAGGUGGGCGGAGGGCCGGCGGGGAGGGUGGCGGCGCACUCCGGACCCGGCGGGGGCCGCGCCAUGAGGCGGGUGACCCUGUUCCUGAACGGCAGCCCCAAGAACGGCAAGGUGGUUGCUGUGUAUGGAACUUUAUCGGAUUUGCUUUCUGUGGCUAGCAGUAAACUUGGCAUAAAAGCCACCAGUGUGUACAAUGGGAAAGGCGGACUGAUUGAUGACAUUGCUUUGAUCAGGGAUGAUGAUGUUUUGUUCGUGUGUGAAGGAGAGCCAUUUAUUGAUCCUCAGACAGAUUCUAAAUCACCGGAAGGAGUGUUUGGGUCUAACACAGAUUGGCUAACCCUAAAUGUCGGAGGACGGUACUUUACAACUACACGGAGCACCUUAGUGAAUAAGGAACCCGACAGUAUGCUGGCCCACAUGUUCAAGGACAGAGGUGUCUGGGGGAAUAAGCAAGAUCACAGAGGAGCUUUCUUAAUUGAUCGAAGUCCUGAGUACUUUGAACCCAUUUUGAACUAUUUGCGUCACGGACAGCUCAUUGUAAACGAUGGCAUUAACUUAUUAGGUGUGUUAGAAGAAGCCAGGUUUUUUGGCAUUGACUCAUUGAUCGAGCACCUCGAAGUGGCAAUAAAGAACUCCCAACCACCAGAGGACCAUUCGCCAAUAUCCCGAAAGGAAUUUGUUCGAUUUCUCCUAGCCACACCAACCAAAUCAGAAUUGCGUUGCCAGGGGUUAAAUUUCAGUGGUGCUGAUCUUUCUCGUUUGGACCUCCGAUACAUUAAUUUCAAAAUGGCCAAUUUAAGCCGCUGCAACCUUGCUCAUGCAAAUCUGUGCUGUGCAAAUCUUGAACGAGCUGAUCUUUCAGGAUCAGUGCUUGAUUGUGCAAAUCUCCAGGGGGUCAAGAUGCUGUGUUCUAAUGCAGAAGGCGCAUCCUUGAAGCUGUGUAAUUUUGAGGAUCCCUCUGGUCUUAAAGCCAACUUGGAAGGUGCUAAUCUGAAAGGUGUGGAUAUGGAAGGAAGUCAGAUGACAGGAAUUAACCUGAGAGUCGCCACCUUGAAAAAUGCGAAGUUGAAGAACUGUAACCUGAGAGGGGCAACUCUCGCAGGCACUGAUUUAGAGAACUGUGAUCUGUCUGGGUGUGACCUUCAGGAAGCCAACCUACGAGGUUCCAACGUGAAGGGGGCCAUCUUUGAAGAGAUGCUGACGCCGCUCCAUAUGUCGCAAAGUGUCAGAUGAGGUUUCAGGGGCUGGAGCAAGAUGGCCAAGAGGAAAGAUGGUUUCCUUAAUCGUUUUCUUUCUCCACUCACUCAGAUGUCUAGAAGAAAUAACACUGUAAGGGAAUUUUAAAAAACAUUUAGCGGAUUAUGCUUUUUCUCAGUGGUGCAUAAAGGGGGAAAAGUGGAUUUUCCCCCCCACAUUCUGAUUUUAAGAAAAGCACUCACUUAAUAGACGUAGAGAAGGAAUCUAGAUUAUACUGCUGCCUUUUGAAUGGAGUGGGGGGUGCCUGGUUUUGUGAUCAGGAAUAGUAGCUCUUACCUUUGCUUUUAAAUAGGCAUGAUGUGGAAAUGCCAUCUUGGUUGAAGAUGCAUUUGAGAAUUUUAAUUUAUGAAAAGCACAACAUAUGCAAUUAUAUUUAUUGAAUACCUAGAUGCAGUAUGGAUAUUUAAAUUGUUAAACUUUAUGAGAACAUUGAAAAGGUCGUUCAGGUUGAUAAAUAGCUUUAGUGAUGCCUCCUUCCUUUAAAUACCUGCACACCUUAUGAAUGUGGUGAGCUCAGACUCCCUAAGGCUCUUGUUUUCAGGUUCAUUUUUAUGAUGUUUACUUUUUAGAACAAGUAGCUACAUGAAAAGAAUAUCUUGUUCUUUCUCACUGAGGCAGAGAGGGAGGAAAGACCGUACCAUGGUCGUCACUCGAAUCAGAUGAAGGCAGAUGUGCCUGUAGCUCUGGUGUCCCCAGAAUGAGUGUGGUGCAGGGUCAUUCUUGGCAAGGUCCAUCUACCAACACUGCUGGUCUGGUUUUUUUUUUUUUAGUACACGAUCAACACGGGCAUGGAGAGGUACUUCAGAACCAAAAAUCCAAAGGUGCAUCCUUAGUACUCAUUUACUCCAAAUGCCAAUUCAUAGGGCCAGCUUAGAAAUUUAGUCUUAGAAUUGCAGUGGACUUAAGAGUUAAUGUGGCAGUUGCUCAUUAGAAGACCAUAUGGCAGGAGGGUCAGCGGAAAACCGCAGACUGGGGAAUGAGGAAUUUCAAGCUGAUGUCUGAUAGUAGCCACCGAAAAAAAUGCAUUUCAAAAGGCAUUUGGCUGGUCUAAAGUGUAGUGCCAGUUGGUCAGCACCUUUGCUUCUUUUACUUCUGUUUUCUGUUGCAUGUGUUUUGGCUUUGUUUUGUUUAAUCAAAAUUUAGCCCAGUUUUCUUGAGUCAUUAUCUCUGUUACAGCAGCAGAGAUGGAGCCUUUACUCCUUCCCCUUCCAGUGUCCUUAUGUGUACCCCAAGAGCAGGGAUGGAAGCUGUGUCCAAAUGGGUUCUGAAUCCGAUAGCCUCAUCUUACCUUCAGCAGUGAGCCACGGAGAACCACCUGUCUUCUGGAGGAGGACGACAUGGCUUCAGUAUUUCUGUAGCUUCUCUCUCGACAUAUGCAAAGCUUUCCUCAGCAGAGAAGGGCUACCCGGCUCUGUGCGAGGAGGGCGCUUCUCUACAGGGGAAGGAAAGCAACUGUAGAAAUAAAUUAUUUUCUUUGCUUUAUUAUUUUUACCAAGACAGAGAAGUAUUGUAUUGAAAGAUAUCUAUUUUCAUAAUCAAUAUGUGCCUAAAUUAUAUUUAAAUCAUUUCACUCUGUACUAUAUUUUCACAAAUUAUAGAGUAUGUUUGUUCACUUAAGGGUACCUCUGUAGACAAAGCUAAAACUGCAGAAGGAGCUGGAAGAUUGAAACACAGUGUGCUUAGAAACUGCAUUAAUAAACAAUAUGAAAUGUUGGAGAGA